AAACUCAAAGGAAAGAUGACAGCAUCAAGUUUUGUAUCUAUGGCUGAAAAGAUUAUUAAGCCUCAUUCUCCUACCCCUUUUUCAGUUAAGCGUUACAAUCUUUGUCUAAUGGAUGAAAUCAUGGUUCCAGUCUACAUGCCAAUUGUAGCCUUUUAUCCUAACCCCUCUAAAACACCAGAACAAGUAUCCAACAUACUUGAAGAUUCACUAUCCAAAGUUUUAUCCUCUUACUAUCCAUUUGCUGGAACACUCGGAUCAGAUAACGCUACUUUUGUCGAUUGCAAUGACAGGGGAGCUAAAUCUAUACAGGUUCGAUACGAUUGUCCAAUGUCUGAAAUAGUCAAUCUUCCGGAUACUGGCCCUGAAUAUCUACCUUUUGCUAAAGGUACGCCUUGGAGUUCAACUCCAGAGGAACAAAGUUUACUAGUUGUUCAAUUAAGCCAUUUUAAUUGCGGAGGAUUAGGUAUAAGUGCUAGGCUAUCCCAUAAAAUUGCUGAUGGAUGCACGCUCGCCAAUUUCAUUAGUGAUUGGGCUUCCGUAGCUCGUGAUGACAACGCGAAUAUACCUUCCCCUCAAUUGAUUGGAUCGUCCAUUUUUCCGCCAUUCACUGAAAUGCGCAUUCACACGGAUACUAACGUUGAUUAUGAGUUUUACAAUCUACCCGUUUGUAAAAAAAGGUACUUGUUUUCCAACGCGAAACUUGAGAUGCUGAAAACCCAAGUGGAAUCAGAAACAGGGGUGCAAAAUCCAACUCGAAUUGAAGUGCUGUCCGCACUAAUUUACAAGUGUGCUGUAACAGCAAACUCGAGCUCGUUUAGACCAUCCUCGUUGUCACUGCCGGUGAAUUUACGUCCGAUACUGAAUCCACCGCUAGAAACACGGACAGUAGGGAAUAUUAUUAGUUUUAUCAAAGUGGAAACAACGAGUGAGGAUGAAAUGACAAUCGGGAGAGUGGUUCGCGAGAUUAGGAAAGGUAAAGACGAAUUGAAGCAGGAAGGGGGUGUGAAGAAGGAGAAGCUAGUUUCGCUAUGGAGUGAGUGGAUACAUUCGAUUGACUUGUACAGAAGUAGCAGUGUUUGCAAUUACCCAUUGAAUAAUUUGGAUUUUGGAUGGGGAAAACCAAACAGGGUAGCAAUUCCUGUAUUUGGAGUUGCAAACACCUGCAUGUUUAUGGAUAAUCUAAGUGGAGAUGGAAUUGAGGUAAUUAUUGCAUUACCAGAAAAAGAUGCGACUCAAUUUGAGAAUAGCAAAGAGCUUCUCCACUUUGCUUCUCCAGUUACGAAUCUCUAGUUUUUUCUAUGCUUAUCAAUAAAGCGUUCGAUUAGUAGUUAGUCGAGUACCAAUAAUUGCAUUAUCAAUUUGAGAAUAAUAAAUUGCUUCUCCAAUUACUAAUAAAUCUUUAAUUGAACUA